AUUUAACAAAAAUGCAAACUACAGCAGUACUGCAAAAGAUUUCAAACCCCAUCUUUUAUACGGUGGCGAUUUGUGUGAUGUGAACAAUUUAAUGAACACUUCUAGUAGCCUUGUCCUCCUUUUCUUAAAUAAUAAUUUUAAGAAAAUAUAAAAAGAAAAAAGAAGAAAAUAUUAAAAGCUUUUAACUGCCUUAAUCUUUGGAAGGAUGUACUUUUGAGUUAUAUAAAUAGAUAGGUACCCCUAGACAUCAUUUGAAAGAAUAGAGAAUAGAGAGAGACAUUUGAGAGUAAAAGAAUAGUGUGUGGCAUAGCAAAAAUUUUCUAAAACACAAUUUCUUCUUUUAUCUCUUCCCUUGAAAUUGUUGCUACUCUCUCUCUUUAUCUAUCUUUCAUAACAUUGGUAAAGAAAAACUUUUGAGGAGUUCAGAAAGAUAUAUAUAUGUCUUGUAGUGUUUCGAUACAUAUUUAAAAACAAACACAUACAUUCAAAAAAACAAAAACAGAGUUUGAGAAAAGUACUAAGUUACCAAAAGGGUGUUUUUUCUUAAUUUUGGUUGAGGCUUUUAGCUUCAUUUUGAAGGAGAAAGGAAAAAAGAUGGUUGCUUUCUUAUCAGCUUGGCCUUGGGACAACUUGGGAAAAUACAAGUAUGUGGUACUUGGUCCUGUAUUUGCAAAAGCUUUCUUCUCAAUCAUAUAUGAAGAUUUUCAGAAAGAUAGCUGGUGUUUCCAUAUAGUGGCCUUAUAUCUAGCUAGGUGUUUGAUUUAUCAACUAUGGGUUUCCUACAAUAACAUGCUUUUCAUCACAAGAAACAGAAAAAUCCUUGAACAAGGUGUUGAUUUCAACCAGAUUGACAAAGAAUGGGACUGGGAUAAUUCAUUAAUGCUUCAUACUCUGAUGGCCUUCAUUGGUUGUUACAUCUUCCCAUUUCUUCAAAAUCUUCCCUUGUGGGACUCAAAAGGGGUUAUCACAGUUCUGUUGCUUCAUAUUGGAAUAUCAGAGCCUUUAUUCUAUUGGGUACAUAGAAAUUUUCACAACAAAGAUUAUCUUUUCACUAAUUACCAUUCUCUUCAUCAUUCCACUCCAGUACAAACACCCUUUACAGCUGGGAAUGGAAGUCUACUUGAGAAUAUGGUUUUAGGUAUCAUCAUAGGGAUACCUGUAAUGGGUUCCUCUCUUUUGGGAUAUGGAUCAAUAAAAUUGGUAUAUGGCUAUGUUUUGGUAUUUGAUUUUCUGAGGUGUUUGGGGCAUAGCAAUGUUGAAGUUGUUAGUCACAAGGUGUUUGAGAAAAUGCCAUUUCUUAGAUACAUUUUAUAUACUCCAACAUACCACAGCUUACACCAUACUGAGAAAAAAACAAACUUUUGCCUCUUUAUGCCUCUAUUUGAUGCACUAGGGAACACUUUGAACCCUAGUUCAUGGGAGUUGCACAAGAAAAUAAGUUGUAAUGCAGGUAAAAAUAGCAAGGUACCAGAUUUUGUAUUCCUAGCCCAUGUGGUGGAUAUAACAUCUGCAUUACAUGUGCCCUUUGUGUUCCGGUCAAUUGCAUCAAUGCCAUACUCAAUAAAACUCUUCUUUUUACCAUUAUGGCCUGGGGUUUUCGUAGUAAUGUUAGCAAUGUGGCUUAAGGCCAAACCAUUUCUGGUUUCAUUCUACAAGCUCAGGAAUAGGCUGCACCAAACAUGGGUUGUCCCUAGAUUUGGCUUUCAGUAUUUCAUACCAUAUGCCACUGAAGGAAUCAACAAGCAAAUAGAGAAGGCCAUUCUUAGAGCUGAUAAGUUAGGGGUUAAGGUUAUUAGCCUUGCUGCAUUAAAUAAGAAUGAAGCUUUGAAUGGUGGUGGGACAUUAUUUGUAAACAAGCACCCAAACUUAAAAGUUAGAGUUGUUCAUGGAAACACCUUAACAGCAGCAGUUAUUCUAAAUGAGAUUCCAAAAGAUGUAAAAGAGGUAUUUUUAACUGGUGCCACUUCUAAGCUUGGAAGAGCCAUUGCUCUCUACCUUUGUCGAAGAAAAGUCCGAGUUCUCAUGUUGACUCUAUCAACAGAAAGGUUUCAAAAUAUUCAGAAGGAAGCUCCAGCUGAAUGCCAGCCUUACCUUGUUCAAGUCACAAAAUACAAUGCAGCACAGAAUUGCAAGACUUGGAUAGUUGGGAAGUGGAUAACACCAAGAGAGCAAGGUUGGGCCCCAAGUGGGACACACUUUCAUCAAUUUGUGGUUCCACCAAUAUUAUCAUUUAGAAGAGACUGUACUUAUGGUGACCUUGCUGCCAUGAGGUUGCCUCAAGAUGUUCAAGGCCUUGGAUCUUGUGAGUAUACUAUGGAAAGAGGAGUAGUACAUGCAUGCCAUGCAGGUGGAGUGGUUCAUUCACUUGAAGGAUGGACUCAUCAUGAAGUUGGAGCCUUAGAUGUGGACAGAAUUGACCUUGUUUGGAAUGCUGCACUUAAACAUGGCUUAACACCUGUUUCAUCAUCACCAUCCAUUCUCACCAAAUCUCAUUAGAAAAACAAUAUUAUUACAAAUACCAAACAAAAAAAAAAAAAAAAAAAAAUUGAAUCAAUUAAUGUUUUUCUUUUAGUUUUCUUUUCUUCCAUAAAUGUUGGGUAACAAUAUGUAAGGUGUAGUGAUUAUGAUUCACCUAAAAAUGUUGCCUUUCUAUGUAGUAGGAAUAUUUGAUUCAAUCAACAUAAAAUGAAGCACCUUCUGCAACUUAUUAUGUUAUAAA